AUGAUCGGAUUCAAUGAAGAUUCUCCAAACCCAAUAUUUCAGGCAAGGUUGUACUGGAGUACGAUUGGGUUUAUUUAUAAUAUCAACCAGUCUUCAAAGAACUGGGUCAAAAGUACGGAGUUUUUCUUUUCGAUCCGGAAAGAGGUUCAUGAGCGGGAUCUUUUUUUUCAGUACUAUAUGGGAGAAGUCAAUGAUCGACUGAUCUUAGGAGACGGAAACGCUGCCGAUGGUACGGCUUCGUUAGCGAUGGGAGGGGCAUCAAAUAUGGCGGCAGUGAUGCCAGGACAACAGAUGGACUACAAGAAACUCUACCAAACAGAGGUCGAAAACCUCAAGCUGGUCGAUCAUCAAUACCUCUGUGAUCCAAUCGUCAAUCUACAGUUGGAUGAUAUCGAAACCAGAAUCCUGAAAAUGUAUAAGAAAUGA